AUGAAGGUUAUUGUUCUCCUCUCGCUUUUGGUGUCUUCCGUUGUCGCGCAGGAUGGUUACGCCGCAUUGAAUGGCGGGACUACUGGCGGCGCUGGAGGAACGACUACAACCGUCUCUGCAGCAGCAGCUUUCCAAACCGCCAUCAAAAGCAACACGCCCAAGGUCGUCUUCUUGAAGGGCCCCAUCUCCCUUUCUUCUCAAGCCUCAAUUGGGAACAAUACUUCCAUCAUCGGCGUCGGGACCACAGGCAUCAUCAACGGCGGAGGCCUCAGGACCGUCGGCACAUCAAACGUCAUCAUCCGCAACCUGGUAAUCAACAAAGUCAAGGGCAACGAUGCCAUCACGGUGCAGAAAGCCCAUAACAUCUGGAUCGAUCACAACGAGUUCUUCAGCGACACCGAUCAUGGGUUUGAUUUCUACGACGGGCAGGUUGACCUGACGCAUGCAUGCGACUUUAUCACUGUCUCGUGGAACUUCUUUCACGAUCACUUCAAGUGCUCGUUGAUAGGGCACGAUCCUGGUAACUCGAAGGAAGAUACCGGGAAAUUCCACAUUACAUAUCAUCACAACCAUUGGAAUAACAUCCACACUCGUACCCCGGCUAUGCGCUUCGCUCACGUUCAUUCCUUCAAUAACCUGUUUGAGAACGUUGUCUCGCAAGGCAUCCACUCUCGCUCCUUUGCACAAGUCCUUAUCGAAGGCAAUGUCUUUGUCAACACCACGGAGCCAGGCGAGUCCAUAGUCUUCACAUUGAAUGAAAUACAGAGGCUAACUAAUCUACAGUGUCUACAUACGGGCGACUUCGAACCCGAUGGCUUUGCAAACUUCGGAGCAGCCAGCGACUUUGGAACUGGAAGGAAUAAUAUCACGGCCACGGGAAACUUUACCAGCGUUCCGUAUACCUAUACCUUGACGCCCCUCACGAGUGUCCGCUCAACUGUUACGUCUGGUGCUGGCGUGGGCAAAAUCUGA